AUGUCAGGUAUUCUUCUCCGGGCGGCGCUACCCGUGGCGGCUGUAGCUGGCUCAGCCCUUCUCGCUUCUCCUGUCUAUGCUGAGGACCUGGCCAAGGAGAGAUUACCCACAAAGGUCAAGCCUGGAAGGGAUGCUUCUGGGGACAGGCUUCCCAUCUACGCCGACCCCGAGGGCUCAAUAACGCUUAUCGAGACCACACAUCCCAUCUCGCCAUAUAUCGCCCAAGCGCGAGAAUCCACUCAGUCUGCUCUUGCCGGAGCUUCCAGAUACGUCGAGGGAGGUGUCAGCCGAUGGGUUGGCUUUGAGCGGAAAGUCGAACGCGAGGUCAAAUCCGUCGUACCCUCAGAUGAACCCCUCAUCCCCGGGGCCAUCUACGUCCUCAUAGCCGGCCUGACCGGAUCCGUCCUCACCCGUACCCGUGCCUUCCCCAUCCGCUGGCUCGCCCCUCCCAUCUUUACCAUCGCCGCCGCCCCCUACUUCCUCCCAAAGACAUCCGCCAACAUCCGCUCCUACCUCUCUCGGGUAGAAGACGCCCACAUGCCCGAGCUCGCGCGGGAACACGACCGCCUUAAUGCCCGUGUCGGGUCAUUGUGGAACCAGUCUGUCAAUACUGUCAGCGGCGCAGGCGAGCAGGCCAAGGGAUGGAGCAAGAAGGCGGUACAGACGGUGGAGGACACGACGGGGCUGCGGGUCGGGGAGAGUAUCCGAAAGGCGCAAGAAGUGGCUGCUGGGGAGGUCAAGAAGAGGGUGGAGGAGGCCAAGAUGUUGAGGGAGAAGAAGGUCGAGACGGUCGGGUAUGUGGUGGAGCAAAAGCCGGUCGCUGAGAUUGUGCGACCGGUCGAGGGGGAACAAAAGCCCGUCAGCAGGGUGAUAUGA